CUGCUGUGAGCGGGGUGCUCUCCCCAAUGGCUACCGUCUGCAGAGUAGCGCGAAGCCUUUGAAGAACUCGAUUUUGUGAUGCCUGUUGUUUGCCAAAGCCCUUUCCACCCGGGGGAAAAUUAUGGGGUCUGCCAGGGAAGUUUAGUGUCUGCCUACGUGGGGUCUUUGUGGACCGCGGAGUCCGCUUUCCACGUACCAAAUUUUUGUCGAGAUUGAGUAUGCAGGAACUCAGGGCCCGUCCCUUUUCUUGGCGAUGCGUUAGGAUCUCCUGGAACCAUCCCUUCUGUGGCAGAAGGUCUGCUGGGUAUGAACCCUCAGUAUAAAUGAGUGGCCACGGAAGUGACUAGCAUGCGGAAAUCCAUGGUCCGCCUGAUUUGCCGCCCCUACUGACAUGGCCCACCGAGGUGGGGAAAGAGACUUCCAGACAUCAGCUCGGCGCAUGGGCACCUCUCUGCUCUUCCAGCUUUCAGUUCAUGAACGGGAGCUGGACCUGGUUUUUCUGGAUCAUAGCUAUGCCAAGCCAUGGAGUGCCCACCCAGAUGCCAGCAGUGCCCGCCCCACCCGCAUGCUCUUUGUUACUCCCCGGAGGCAGCAUGAAAGUAGCAUUGAAUCAGAUGUCCCCAUAGAUGUGGAGACAGUCACGUCCACCCCUGUGCCACUGUAUGAUAAUCAGAAAGCACGAAGCGUGAUGAAUGAAUGUGAACGGCAUGUCAUCUUCGCCAGGACCGAUGCAGAUGCCCCUCCCCCGCCAGAGGACUGGGAGGAACACGUCAACAGGACUGGUUGGACAAUGGCCCAGAACAAGCUAUUCAACAAGAUCCUCAAAGCCCUGCAGUCUGACCGGCUUGCCCGCUUGGCCAAUGAAGGGGCUUGUAAUGAGCCGGUGCUGCGCCGCGUUGCUGUGGACAAGUGUGCGAGGAGAGUGCGGCAGGCUCUCGCAAGCGUGAGCUGGGACACCAAGCUGAUCCAGUGGCUGCACACCACCCUCGUGGAGACCUUGAGUCUGCCCAUGCUGGCAGCCUACCUCGAUGCCUUGCAGACGCUGAAAGGGAAGAUUCCGACCUUGAUUGACCGCAUGCUUGUGUCAUCCAACACGAAGACCGGGGCUGCAGGAGCUGAGGCCUUGUCUCUCCUACUGAAGAGGCCCUGGGACCCUGCUGUAGGGGUGCUUUCUCAUAACAAGCCAAGCAAACUGCCUGGCUCUCCUCUGAUUCUCAUCGCCUCCUCUGGCCCCUCCAGCUCUGUGUUCCCCACCUCACGCCGCCACCGCUUCUGGCAGUCUCAGCUCUCUUGCUUAGGAAAGGUCAUCCCUGUAGCCACCCAUCUGCUGAACAAUGGCAGUGGGGUAGGAGUCCUGCAGUGCCUUGAGCAUAUGAUCGGGGCAGUGAGAAGCAAAGUGCUGGAGAUUCACAGCCAUUUCCCACACAAACCCAUUAUCUUGAUUGGCUGGAACACAGGAGCUUUGGUGGCUUGUCACGUAUCGGUGAUGGAGUACGUCACUGCAGUCGUCUGCCUGGGGUUCCCUCUGCUUACUGUGGAUGGUCCCAGAGGGGACGUGGAUGACCCCCUCUUGGAUAUGAAGACUCCAGUCCUCUUUGUCAUUGGUCAGAAUUCCCUGCAGUGUCACCCUGAAGCCAUGGAGGACUUCCGGGAGAAGAUUCGGGCUGAGAACAGCUUGGUGGUGGUUGGGGGUGCUGAUGAUAACCUCAGAAUAAGCAAAGCAAAGAAGAAAUCCGAAGGGUUGACUCAGAGCAUGGUGGACAGAUGUAUUCAGGAUGAGAUUGUGGACUUUCUCACCGGAGUGCUCACUCGUGCCGAUGGUCACAUGGGCUCUGAGCCUCGGGAUCAGGACGCUGAGAAGAAAAAGAAGCCUCGUGAUGUAGCCCGCAGAGACCUGGCAUUUGAAGUCCCCGAGCGGGGCAGUCGACCUGCCUCUCCAGCCGCCAAGCUGCCCGCCUCCCCCUCGGGCUCGGAGGAUCUUUCUAGUGUGUCCAGCAGCCCCACUUCCAGUCCCAAGACCAAAGUGACCACAGUGACCUCUGCCCAGAAGUGCAGUCAGAUUGGGAGCUCUCAGCUGCUCAAGAGACACAUGCAGCGGACAGAAGCUGUGCUGACCCACAAACAAGCCCAAGCACAGUUUGCUGCUUUUCUGAAACAAAAUAUGCUGGUGAGGAAAGCUCUUCCUCCCGGCACCUCCUCCUGUCUCUUUGUUCCCAUUUCAUCAGAACCAGUGGAAGAAGCAGAGAAAGAGGACCUUAGGGUCCAGCUGAAGCGGCACCAUCCCUCUAGCCCUCUUCCUGGCAGUAAGACCUCCAAGCGGCCGAAGAUCAAAGUGUCCCUUAUUCCCCAGGGGGACGCAGCCGGAGGGCCGUGUGCUUCUUCCCCAGGAGGUGCACACGAAGCCACAGGAGGGAAGCCCGUCACUGUGACACUGGGGCAGGCCUCAGCAGGAGCCAGGGAGUCCACAGGCCUGCUCACCUCUACCAAGUCAGGUGCUCCUGAAGGCGUCAUCUCGGGCAGCCCCGCCCCCUCCGUGGUCUCCAGCAGCAGUGCGCCCAGUGCCUUGCACACACUCCAGAGCCGCCUGGUGGCCACGCCCCCCGGGAACUCCCUUCCAGGAGCCCCGUCUGCCAGCAGCCUCCUCCAAGGCCUCAGCUUCAGCCUACAGGAUAUCAGCAGCAAGACCUCUGGCCUCCCAGCAAAUCCUGCCCCAGGGCCAGCCCCACAGGCCACCAGUGUGAAGUUGCCCACCCCCAUGCAGAGCCUGGGUGCCAUCACCACGGGCACCAGCACCAUUGUCCGUACCAUUCCUGUGGCCACCACUCUCUCCUCCUUGGGUGCCACUCCUGGUGGGAAGCCCACAGCCAUCCACCAGCUGCUGACCAAUGGGGGCCUCGCUAAGUUGGCAAGCAGCCUCCCUGGCCUGGCUCAGAUCUCUAACCAAGCAUCAGGCUUGAAGGUCCCCACCACCAUCACUCUGACACUCCGUGGCCAGCCAAGCAGAAUCACCACGCUGAGCCCCAUGGGCUCAGGAACAGCCCCAUCCGAGGAGCCCACUUCCCAGGUGCUGCCUUCCAGCUCACAGCGCCUGCCUCCAGCGCCUUGAAGAUGCAGCACGAUACAUCCUCCUGACCAGGGUGGUGACAGCUGCCUCGUGGUGGUCCUGCAGAGCUGUCCACUUGUUCGCAGACCUCUUUAGGAUGGUCGUUUUGCCUCUGCCCACUGUCUUCUGAGUUGGGCCUUUGGGUCUUGUGAAACCCUUAGGCUAGGUGACGCGACACCAGUGAGGGAAGCAUCGUGCUCCAAGGUCUGCAAGUUUGGUUCCUAAUACCUGAGCCUCUUCAACAGAUCUGGCCAUGCAGGGGUCAGAAGCACUUCUUCCCCUGUGCCAGCCAUGAUGUGACCCAGGUGUCGGCGUGGGACUGGUCACUGCAUUUGAUGAAGGAGUUUCCAUCUGCAAGUCUGGGCUGCCCGUGUGCCCAGAUGGAAGAAAUGUCUACAUGGUCUAGGCUGCAGGAGUAAGGACGGAGAACCCUUUGCUGGCCAGAAGUGCUUGUUCUGGAUAUCACCGUUGCCUUCUCUGGGCAGCCAUGCAACUCCCACAUCGGAUACUGAGCAGCCUGCUGAGAUCUGAAACCUGGGAACUCCCAUUUCCAUCCGUUUCAUCACAAAAGCAAAGAGAACUGUGAUCUUUUAACCCCUUCGGCUUCUCUAGAUUUGAGAAGCAGCCGUUGCCAGGAAGUGAAGGCUGCCCUUCUCUUUGUCACCAUUCUUUGAGCAGUUCCUAUGUCCUGAGAGACUAGAGGUCAGAAAGGCUGACAGAGGUACGGAACAGCGAAGGAAGUGGCUUGAAGGACAUGUCAGUAGGCCUUGUGGUGAAAAGAAGUUGGGCUUGGGGCUCUGUAUCUGGCAGAACUGGUGGAAAGACAUAAUAGAGGGAAAAACCCCAGCCCCUGCAAGACCUACCUCCAGUGGCUGGACUGAAGCAGAGGCAGCGAGCUCAGAUGACGUAGCAGCUGUCCCAGGAAGCCUCGGGCAUCAGCACGCUGAAGGCCAUGGUUUACUGUUUCUGUUCCAGGAGACUUUGUCUUCUUUCUUAGAAGCGGGAAGGUUCUUGACAGUGACUCUACUGUGCAGAGCUGUUGGUACCAGCCUGAGCUCUUCAAGUGGUGAGCCCUGGAGAAGGUCACUGAAGACAGGGUUUUGAGUACAUUGUUUGCAAAGAUAGUUCGAGGUUUGGCUUCCAGAGCAGGUUCCCUUCCCUUCCAUACUUAGAAUGCUUUCAGUCAAGGUGAUAGAGCAAUCUAAGUGUGACUCUCCUCAGGUAGAGAGGGCCCACAAUAUGGCUUGAAUUCUAAUCUGGGAUCCUGAUCCACUAUACAGUGAAUAUCCACCCCAGGCCAACUGUGUUCAGUCCAAGAGCCUCACCUCAUCCUGAGUGACAGGCAGGAGCGCACAGUGUGCAGGAACCUAAGCUCCACCCCCUAGUGAAUAAAUAAAGACUUAGAGAUGAAUGAAUGAGUUCAUUCCAACCUCCAAAUUAUUUGUGCACAUGUAUCCAAGGGGACCUUCUAACCUUUAGAUGCCAGGUCCCUACAGCUGGCAUUGGAUCCUCUGGGUGGAGGCCAGUGUUCUGGUAGAUUGCUUCCAGAACAGGUUGGGGUGCUGGAUAGGGAGACACGUGAGAAAAGAGUGGAGAAGGUACCCUGGACACCUGGCCUUCCUUCCCUCGUCUCCUGCAGACCCGGUCUCAGCAAUAUUCACACAGAAUUAACCUGCAUUGUUGCAUUAGCUGGUAGGUCAUUGCUUCCUGAAAUUCAAGAGGCAUUUAGUAAAUUUGAGAAGGUUAUGAAAUGCAAAAGAGGCAUCCAGGACUCAGGGAUUUGAUAGCUUUAUGGGAAGGAUCAUAAUAAGCAAAAGAGCAGAGGACAGCUAGACUGCGAGGUUAUGUGAAGCUUUUAGGAAUCAUUUAGGGCAUGCAGAGGGACCUGAACAACCCGUUUGUGAUUUCAGACAGCAGCCUAGACAGUCCUGGAGGGACUGCUCCUGGAAGAUGCUGGCCUGGUAUGUGCUGGGGCCAAAGAAAAAACUAAUAAUACAUCUUGCCUUUGUGGUGAAUCCCAGCCUGUGGCCGUGGUGACUUUCUGAGGCUGGGGGUAUAUGCCUUGAAGAACUCUAAAGCUGGGGAAGGGAAACUGAGAACAAUUCCUCACCUUAGAGUGCCAGGUUAACGGGGGAAGUGGUGGAGGUCUGUCUAGUCGUGUUUCCUAGUGCUCUUCACAAACCGUGUUCUCAGAAUGCGGAAGGAAGCUUUACUCCACCUAUUUCAUGGCACCUGGAGUCCACCAGCUCAGAAGUGAUACGGUUGGUAGAAAAUGUAGAUCAAGAAGGCUUUAAAUUCUUGGGUGACAGGUGUGUAUUGGUACUCUCUGGACUAUGCCCUCCAUGGGCUUUGAGAAGAGAUCAGUGAGGGAGGAAGACCUUCCAAGUCUUAGUCCCACCAUUGGAACAGUCUCGGGCUGGCUGGGUUAUAGAGCUGAGCCACGGUGGUGGUUCUGUUCUUACCUUAGCAAAAACAAUAAAAAACAAGAAACCUUUGGAUUGCUUUA